UACUGUUGAGUGAGAGUGAUAUUUGCGAGCGAAAAAUGUAAUCGAGAUAUAUUACUUAUUCCGUGAGGAUCAAUCGAAGAAUUAUAAUAUAUCUGCGUCAUACAUCAUUCCUAAAUUUUGCGGUCUAAAAUGUUAAGCUAUAAACCUCAUAAUGGGAAUGAAAUGCGCAAUCGCAAGAAAGUGUCUCGGAUGACGCUGUCAGAAGCUGGCAGACUUUUACGCAAACGAAUAUCAGUAUCUCGUCAGCUUCUGGCAGCCGGACAAGUAUGGAAAAACAGUCUCCCGAGCCACGACUGUGAUGUUGUUGUUACAUUUCCUCAAUCAACUACAGAAGAAACAUUAGUUUGGUUUUUGACACAACUGAAAACAAAUGUCCCCGAACUUAUGGUUGAAGUCCGUCAUCACAGACAUACAAAUGUAUAUGGAUUUUAUUUAACUACAUCAUAUGAAAAUUUACUAAAAGGAGCUGAAGAAGAAAGACUUCGUAAGCCUUUGAAACCUGAGUUUGGAGGAGGCAUGAAAGAAUUCGUUUAUGAAGAGCGGGAAUGCUUUGAUCAAUCUGAGAACAAGGAUGUAUUUUUAAGUAGUCAAGAAAGACAAAGUAUAAUAUUAAAUAUGCUGUAUGGUUUGCGAGCUUCUGAAAAGGAUGAGCUUCUUCAUAUAAAAUUUAUUGAAGGUCAACCUAUAGUUCCAAAAUGUUUAGCUGAAGGUGUUAUAUCACAAGUUUUACCUUUGCACAGUUCAGAAGAUCUUAAUAAACUGAAAAAGACAUGGAUGCAGGCAUUUAUGAAGCCUCAACCAUUGAAUGAUAUUUGUGAUUAUUUUGGUGUAAAAAUUGCCAUCUACUUUGCAUGGUUAGGGCAUUAUACUAAAGCUUUGACGAUGCCUGCAUUUUUUGGACUGUUUAUGUGGCUGUGUUAUUAUGGAAGAGAUCAGGCUACAGAGGAUAUCUGCUUUGUUGUUUUCGCAUUAUUCAAUGUUUUAUGGGCAACACUAUACUUGGAAUCUUGGAAAAGGCAUUGUGCUGAGUUAGCAUAUCGCUGGGGUACUUUAGACAUUCAGAAUGAGCUACUUGCAGAACCACGACCUCUUUUUACUGGGCCUCUUGCAAUAAGUCCUAUAACUGGAAGAAUGGAACCUACUUAUCCUGCAUGGAAACGUAAUUUAUUUCGUUACUGCGUUAGUUUACCCGUUAUUGCAUUUUGUUUACUUAUUGUGUUUUUGGUCAUGUUCCUCAUAUUUGAACUUCAGACUUGGUGGGAUCGAAUGAUUAAUGCAAGAGGUUUUCCAUUCUGGAUGACACUUUUCCCCAAAGUGCUUUUAGCUCUUGUCAUAAAUGUUUUAGAUGGUGUUUAUCAUAGAAUUGCUGUGUGGCUGAAUGAUAAAGAGAACUAUAGGGGAGAAGAAGAAUAUGAAAAUCAUCUUGUAGCUAAAGAGCUAUUGUUUCAAUUUGUAAAUUCCUUCUUGUCACUGUUUUAUAUUGCUUUCUACUUACAAGAUAUGGAAAAGUUAAAAGAGCAAUUGGCAGCUCUUCUGAUAACUCGCCAAGUUGUUGGUAACAUCAAGGAGUCUUUUAUUCCCUUUCUUACGGAAACAUUAAAAUUAGCACAUUUAGGGGCUGAUCAUUCAGUUCACACACCUUCAGGAUCAGAAAACGAUCAAAAAGAUGUGAUAUCAGAUCAAGAAAGUGAUCCAAUGUCAUCAGCAGCAUCUACUCCGAUACACGAAAGUAAUAGUGAAAAGAAGAAUCAUAACAAUUUAACCCAAGCUGAAGUUGAAAGUGCGAUGUAUAAGUAUGAAGGCACAUUUGAAGACUAUUUAGAAAUGUUCAUACAAUUUGGAUAUGUCAUUCUCUUUUCAUCUGCAUUCCCAAUGGCUGCGAUGUGUGCUUUGCUGAAUAAUGUUAUUGAAAUAAGAAGUGAUGCCUUUAAACUUUGCAUGAUUUUCCAAAGGCCAUUUGGUCAAAGAGCAGAAAAUAUAGGAACAUGGCAAGAUGCCAUGGAAGUUAUGGGCGUCAUUGCUGUAAUUGUUAAUUGUGCAUUGAUUGGCAUGUCUGGACAAGUUCAGAGAAUGUUUCCGAAUCUUUCGACUCAAGGCACGAUCAUUCUUAUUGUAGUAUUAGAGCAUCUCAUAUUAUCUAUAAAGUUUGGUAUUGCAUAUGCUAUUCCUGAUGUUCCUCAGUGGGUUGCUACAAAAAUGGCUAAAGUAGAGUUCCAGCGUCGAGAAGCUGUAAAGCAUUUCCAUAGAAGUUCUUUGUCUAGGAAGAAAAAGAAGAUGGAAUAUAAGAAUAGCAAUUUUGAUUCACCUGUAUCCACUUCCAGAAGUGUGAAGAAGUAUGCUAAUAAUCCAAAAAAGAAAGACAGAUCAUGUCAGACAUUAUCUUUCUAUCCCACCCAGAAAGAUAAUUCAACCCCAGAUUUAGUUUUAGGUUCAUCACCAUCUACAACACCUAGUAAACAAACAGCAACUUCAAUUAUUUCCACUGCUGAUAUGGUGCCUGUACAGGAUACAUGUCCUGACACAUAUCAUUGUGAAGAACCAAGUAAAGUUGAUAAAUUUGUAAGCAUACAUGCCAGCCCUACUACCAAAAAUUUACUUGAAAUUCCAUGCGAAAACAUUCCUGUUAUACAAAAAGACAUGGAUGCAAUGAGUAUAAAUUUUGAGACUCCAUAUUUAUCUAAUCAUAAAAGAGUACAAAGGAAACUAAGUUUGCCUCAGAUUAAACUUUUAAAAAAGAACUCAUCUCAAGAAUCAGAUUCUCCACCUGAUGGUACUCCAGGAUCAGGAAGCAAGAAAUUUUUUUCUGGCAGCUCUGCAUCUGGUAGCAGCAUGCGUUUCUUAUCAACCUUGAAAAAGCGAAAACAUGCAUUAAAGAGAGCACUGUCUUUUCAGAAUUCUUCUACUAGCAGUGAAGACAAAGUCCAGCCUUCAGAACUUGAUGUUAAUGAAGAAAAAACUGCCACAGAUAAACCAAAGACUGUCACUGAAAAAUAUGAAGUCAUACAGUUAAACAGAAUUCUUCCGAGUCCUCAAAAGAAGCUUUGAUUUCAACUGCAGAUAUAUACAGGGUUCGUAGCUGUCCUUAUAAGUGUUUAUAAGUCCUUAUAUUUGAAAAUAAAAUAUUAAAGCCCUUAUAGUACUUUUCCUCCAAAGCACUUUAUAUAUAUAUUUUUCCCUGUAGCAAAGCCGAAACUAAAUAAACAACUUUUCUUCCUUAUAUCUAACAUCAGAUGGUGAAUCAUACUCCCAGAAAUAGCUUUUCGCCCCCUUUCUCUGCAUUAACGGUGCACACGAGUACAAACAGGUGCAUCUAUUGGUCAAAGAAUUGCAAAAGCAGUAGAAAAUUCUGGUGCAUUCUGUUUCUUUUG